GCCUCUCGGUUGCCCCAGGACACAGCAGCCUCGCAGGUGUUUAUAAUGGGGAGGAGUUCGUGUUCGAGGAGAGCAACUGGUACAUCGUCAACCUCUUCAAGCUCCUCUGGCACUACGGGCUCAACCCCCUAAGGAUGUACAUGUGGGUGGAGGACAUCCUGGACAAGUUCAUGCGGAUCUAUCGCUACCAGAUGCAUGACUAUGCCUUCAGCAGCAACGAGCGCCUGCUCCAUGCCCUGGGAGGGAACGACUUCAUCCAGAUGCUGAACCAAACCAUCGACGAAGCCAUGCAGAAAGCUGGCUUCUCCCAUAAAUUCAUAAAUGAGGUGGUUUGUCCAGCCAUGAGAGUCAAUUAUGGGCAAGGUGUCAACAUCAAUGGUUUUGUAGGUGCUGUUUCUCUGGCAGGGGUGGAAUCAGGCCUUUGGUCAGUAAAAGGUGGGAACAAACUUGUCUGCACUGGCCUUCUCUAUGCUUCCAAAGCUGAAGUUAUCUCUGGUACAGUUUUAUCUAUAGAGCCAAAAGUCAGACCCAGGCGUACAGGGGACCCUGUAAAGCUCUACCAGGUGACAUAUGACACUGCAUCAGGACUGACAGGGGACACGUACGACAUCGUUGUCAUCGCUGCUCCGCUCAGCCGCAAAAUGGCCAACAUCACCUUCAAGAACUUCGACCCUCCUGUCCCCGAGUUCCCAAACCCUUACCACAAGACUGUGGCAACGUUUGUGCACGGACGAUUAAACGCCUCUUUCUUCGGUUACCGGGACCCCGAGGCUUUUAAUUUUGGUGCCAUCUUCACUAUGGAGAAUCCCAAACUGUUCAUCAAUAGCCUGGGGGUGGUGUCUCCCGUGGAGGAUGGAGGUGGUGAAGGAAAGCCGUCCUUGCAAUCAGCUGUCUGGAAGGUGUUUUCCAAGGAGGUGCUCACCAAAGAGCAGCUUAACCUGCUCUUCUCCUCCUACGACUCUGUCAAGGUGAAGACGUGGUUGGCCUAUCCCCACUACAGCCCCCCUGAGAAGUGCCCUCCUGUCAUCCUCCAUGACAACAUCUACUACCUGAACGGCAUCGAGCGAGCGGCCAGCGCCAUGGAGAUGAGCGCCAUCGCUGCCAAAAACGCCGCCCUGCUGGCUUACCACCGGUGGUACGGCAACACCGACAGGAUCGACCAGGAGGAUUUGCAUGAGAGGCUGAAAACGGAGCUUUGA